ACAAAACCGGAAUCUGUACGUCAGAUUGAUCACAACACUGGCCCAUCCGUUCCUUUUCACGAAAAACUGAUAAACAAAAGAAUUUAACAAUCCAAAAACAACAAAUGAUUUUUCGUCGAUUAUGAGCCGUUCUAAUCAACUGCCAAAUCUCGAUAAAUUAUUUCGAGAUGAGGGUGAACAGGAGUUCACACUUCAGGGCGGCUCCAACCUGGCCGCAAUAUUCGGCACUCCCCAGCGUCUGGAGCUCCCUUCCGCUCAGAAGAAGACCUCUCCCAAGCCAAAGCCCCCCGAGCCCUCCCCCGCAGCCUCUGCGAAGACUGAAGUUAUCCUCGCAAAAGUCGUCCAUGCGUACAAGCUCCAAUCCUCUCAGUACUCCCUCAUUGGCAAGCUAGGAAUCGCCCUCGCAGGCAAUUCCACAACGCACUCCUAUCUCCUGAUCCUGUACAAAGCCAAACAAGAGCACCUAUCAGUGGUGACUGUCACUCCAGAUUUCGUUUACACAGUCAGAGAGAACAAUUACGCGUGUUAUUACGACUCCGCCAAGGACAACUGGUCGAUUCUCUUCGAUACUCCCGAAUCGUCAAUCGAAUUUGCGCGAGAAGUGGGUGUCGCGAAGUACUUCGUGCAGACGGUGAGACCGGAAGACUCGGUUUUCUCCCAGGAUCUGACACCCUCCAGGCCUGAUGAAGACACAGAAACAAAAAAAGCGGACGAGAAUGACGAGCUGGAGGUGGAGUACUCCAUAGUGCCGAGGGUGACACAGCCCCUGAAGCUCCCUGGGACUCCGAAACAGAGUAUGAAAAUCCGGAUAACCAGCGACGAAACCUGGGAAAAAUCCCUGAUAGGUGUCCACCAAGGCCUAAAGCGUCUCCUGAUUCUCCCCCCAAGCAAGCAGAUAAGCAUGGGCCCCGGAUAUCCCCGGGAGCAGGACAUCGCGAUGGAGAUCGAGAUCAUGGAAAUCAUAAAGCCGGAGGUUAAGACGUCGCCCAAGCCGACCUCCGCUGGAAAAGCCUCCUUGAUAUUGAGAAUGGCGAAAAUGGGGCAAUCAAUGCUGCCAAAGGUGCCAACGUCCACGACAACGGACUCGGAAGACACUGAGGAGGAGAUCCAGGUGAAGCCUAGACGGUCACGAGGACAUGUGGAUCCACCCCACGUGAAGAGUGACACCCCUAGUCCAGUUAAAAGUCCGGAGAAUCAAAAUUCCAAAAGCGUAGUGCCGGCUUUCGUCCAUCCUUGGACACCUGCCCAGCAAUUCGUGUCGAAUGAUGGACAGCUGUACUCGUACCAGACACCAGUUCUUCCGCAAGUGCCUGCCGAUCCCAGUAUCAAUAUAUUCCUGUCUGAAACGAGAACACACAAUGCCGAGAUUCGAAUGGCGAUGUCCAAAAUGACGGACAAUGUGCAGAAGUUGCUGGACAAAUUUCAUGCACUGGAACUGGAGAGGUGCACGUCGCCGAUGAAUGAGAGAUCUCUGGAGGGUUUGAAGAUCCUGAUGGGCCUGAAAAGCGACACUAGAUCCAGUGAUUCAUCGGAGGAUAGAUCCGCUAAGGAGACGGGAGAGUCUUUGUCCGAGUGCUUGAGAAAUUUGGAGAAGAGUGAAAGGGAGAGGAAGGCGAUGGAAAUGGAGAAAGUCGAGCUCUGGGACAGAUUUCAGAGGCUUGAGGGAUACCUAUCAGACAGCCAAUCAGCACUUCACAGAUCGCUGAAGGAUCUCAAGGAUGCGAAUGACCUUGCCGUCAAGUAUCAGAAGGAGAACGCUAGGUUGGAAACCAAAAUAGCGACUAUCGAGACUGAGAAAAUCUCGUUGGAGAAGAGAUUGGGAGGACAGGGGAGGGAGGAUGGAUACCAGGUUAAGCAGAUUAUGAAUAAAACGUAUCAGACGCUGGUGGGAAAGUUCACGGAUGAUUCUUACAGCACUGAGUACAUCAAAAGUGUCCUGGGGAGCACCAUCAGAAGCAUCACGCUUCAGAUGCUGCAGGAGAGAAAGGGGGAGGCAGUGGGGUCUGAUGCGGAGAUGAGGGAAUCAGACGGGGAGUCCAAGAUUGCUUCGAGGGGCGAAGAGAAGCUCACGUUGCCUGAUGUUGAUGGUACCUCUAAUCAGGGGAUGAAUAUAACAAUGGCUUCACAAGAAGAACCUCCGCCCAUACCUCCAAUGGAUCUUGACAUCGAGAACGACUGGCUGUCCUAAUUAUUCAAAUGGAUGACCCUCGUAAUUUUGUUAACUCACUAGAAGAUAAUUUAAAAUUAUGUUGCAUAAGAGCUCAAACAUGUUCUUACAAUAAAAUAUUUUUUCGUACAAAAACAAA